ACAUCCAACGAUUGACAGGGUUUGAGCACGCACCUAAAGGGGCUCCCAACCAACCGAUACUACGCCCAAAUAAUUCCCAAACCUCUUACCUCACUGAGACGACCUGUCACGACCAUCUUACCCAGAUUGCUCCCUGCUAAUUCCAAAACUCCAAAGGCCCAAAGCACGCCACAAGCAAUAAGCAAUUAACAGAGAGAGAGAGAGAGAGAGAUGGUGGAGGUGAACUGGUAGAAGGUGACGAAGGUAAGAGAUGCUGUCUGUCGCACAGACGACGCAGACGGCAGGGAAAAGAUGAAAGCGAAGAUAGCUUGGGGAAGAUUCUGUGAUGGUGGGUCCCCAUUCCCAAACCUAGCCUUCUUCCUCAGGUGGGGAUUCUCUCUCAUAUCAAAUGCGAUUCUCUCUCAUAUCAAAUGCCUUAAAAACUGAUCCUCUCCUCUCUUUCCCUUAUAUGGUGUCUUGGAAGACGAGUGGAAAGUUAGGUGAGAGAAGCAGAAGCCGCCAAGCCAGGAGGUAGGAGAGGCAGAGAGGCAGAGACGAAUUGUUAUUAUUUGGAAGAUAAGAUAAGAUGGAGAACUUACUGUGCGAUGAGGUUCUGCAAGAAAUCUUCCAACGCCUGCCUCAAUCGUCCUCCUCCGCCGUUCCUCUGGUUUGUAAGCGGUGGUUGAUUGUCCACCGUAAUUGCAGGUCUUCUCUCUUUCUCCGCUUUCCCUCAGCUAACCCUUCUUCUCUGCCUAUUUUCUCCUCUUUCCUCUCUCGCUACCCUCGCCUUUUCUCCCUCACUGUCGUCCUCGUCCCCCCUUCCGACAAAUCCUCUUCCCUUGUUUCCUCCGAUGCUGUUCCUGAUUAUGACGACAACGAAGAAGAAAAAAAUUCUUCUCUCUUGUCCGAUCAAAUCCUCCUCGCGGUGGCCUCCAAUUGUCCCCAUCUCCGCCACUUCCGAUACUUGGCAGGCCCCGUCUCCUCCACUGCGCUUCUCUCUUUAUCUUCUUCCUGCAAUCACCUGUCCUCCAUCAGCCUCACCUCUAUCCGUCCUUUCUCUUUCCGCUGGCUAACCUUCUUCCCUGCCCUGAAGGACCUCUCCCUCGUUGAUUGCGGCGGCGUCGACUCCUCCAACGACGACGAAUCGGAAUUGGAAUUACCCUUGGAGAGCCUCAGCUUGUCUGGAAUCAGGGCCGGCGAUUGUGGCCUUGGUUGGCUGUGGAGGAGCUGUACCAAGCUCCGCAGGUUGCAGUUGCGCAGCUGUGAAGGCACCGGUGACGGCGCCGCCUUCUCUUCCUUUGUCAGGUGCUUGCCUGGUCUUCAAGAAUUGGAGCUCCGGACUUGCAGGACUAUUGCAGAUGGCGUCUUGCUGCGUGUAGCCCAACACUGUGGCUCGCUCCACUCUCUUCUGUUGUACGAUGGGGGAAGCCGUGAUGGUCUCCACCGCUUCAUCACCCGUUCCAGGUCCACUCUGCGGAGGCUCGACCUUCGUCUACCUCUGGACCUCGACAACGAUCACCUCUCCGCUGUUGCAGAGAAUGUCAGGGGUCUGGUUAGCCUACGCCUCCAGAGCUGCUGCCUCAUCACAGGUGAAGGACUCAAGAGCCUGGGCACCACCAUCAACACCGGGCUUGAAGAAUUGGCCCUUAUUAACUGCGAUGUGAUCGAGAGAGAACAUGGGUUGCUCACCACUUUGGGUCAAAGCCUCAGGGAGCUCCGUAAAUUGGACUUGUCCUAUAACAAAAUGUUACCAGAUAAGGAGCUUGUUUCCAUGCUCGUCUCCUGUAAGAAUCUGGUUGACGUCAAGUUGAGAGGUUGCAGAGGGCUCACGGGUGCUGCCCUGCUUUCCAUUUUCAAAAGCUGCAAGCUUUUGGAGACCAUAGACAUCAAACAGUGUUGUGGGAUCGAUACCGAUACUGUUGAAUUCUUUCUUCUCAAUUCCCCAAGAAUCAAACAGGUCCAUGUUGAAGAAAGCAAGCUCUCAAGUGUUGCCAAGACAUGGGCCUCCCAGAAAUUCAUCCAAAUCAUUGGUUGAUCGACGAUUUGAUGAAGCGAUCAGCUCACUGGUACAUAUCCAUUCCUUCCACUGCUGAAUAUAAAUUAGUUUGAAGUUUGUGUGUCAUCAGAAACAGAAGAGAGGAAAUAAGCAGCUCUCUCUGAGUCUCUGGUGUGGUGUUCUUCAAUAAUCUUAUUCAUACAAGCACGUAUGUAUCAAUUAAGUCUUAAUCUCGUCCUCCAAGAGGGCGAAAUCCCAUUUCAUAAGGAUUGGUUUUUCGUUCUUUGUUGAAAUUACACAGUAUAUACUGUUGUUAAGAAAUAAAAAAAUUCUAGCUCGAAAUUUGAUCA